CUCAACCUCGUAUCCGUAUUAAACGCUCCAUCAGUAUUUAUCUUAACACUACCCUCAUCGAGCAGAAUCCAUCGAACCAUCCUCGUAACAUGGGUAGUCGUGCCCACCCGUGCAUGGUCCGCAGCCGCACGGUUGUAACUCUCUGUUCUGUGCAGGACUUCCAUGCGCCUGGCCUCGGUCUUAAUAUGUAUGUUCGUAAAAACUCGCUCAUUGCGCCUGGCCAUGUGAUAACAAAAUAUUUA